AUGUCUCACGCCGAGCUCGCUUCGUCCUACGCGGCCCUGAUCCUCGCCGACGACGGCAUUGAGAUCACCGCCGACAAGCUCCAGACCCUCAUCAAGGCCGCCAACGUCGAGGAGGUUGAGCCCAUCUGGACCUCCAUCUUCGCCAAGGCUCUCGAGGGCAAGGAUGUCAAGGACCUUCUCGUGAACGUCGGCUCUGGUGGCGGUGCUGCCCCUGCCGCCGGUGGUGCCGCCGCUGCUGGUGGUGCUGAGGAGGCUGCUCCUGAGGAGGCCAAGGAGGAGGAGAAGGAGGAGUCUGACGAGGAUAUGGGCUUCGGUCUCUUCGACUAA